UUCUCUUCUCUUUUCUUCCUCACUUGGUUUUUCUCUCUUUCUCUCACUACUUUCUCUCUCUACCUUCACUCCAUCGAUAAACCAAUCCUCUCAUUCUCCUCAAAAACUCUGAUUAUUCCUUCUAUCAAUUUGAUUGAAUUGAGCGAUCAAUUCUCGAUUUUAGGUUUUGGGAAUUGAUCAACUUUCUCAAUUAUUUCCUCUGAUUCCUGCUAUGCUCUCACUUCCCCAAUGAAGUUAAAGAGAAAACGUGCACUCGAAGUGCCUCCAAAAAUUAGAUGCUUCAUCAACUGUGUUACCGCAGUUCCACUUGAAAACAUACAAGAACCUUUAAACAACUUUGCAUGGGAGUUUGAUAAGGGAGACUUUCAUCACUGGGCUGAUCUUUUUAAUCAUUUUGAUUCAUUCUUUGAGAAGUAUGUAAAACCAAGGAAGGAUCUGCAAGUUGAUGACGGUUUUUUGGACUCGGAUCCUCCUUUCCCAAGAGAAGCCGUUCUUCAAAUUCUUCGUGUCAUUAGAAUAAUUUUGGAUAAUUGCCCAAAUAAGCAUUUCUACAGUUCAUACGAGCAACAUCUUUCAUUAUUGCUUGCUUCUACUGAUCCAGACGUGGUUGAGGCUACCCUGGACACUUUCGCCACUUUUUUGAAGAAAACAGUUGGAAAGUACUCGAUAAGAGACACUUUUUUGAAUUCAAAAUUGUUUGCUCUUGCACAAGGAUGGGGUGGAAAGGAAGAGGGACUUGGACUAAUUGCAUCAGUUUUGCCUAAUGGCUGCGACCCUAUCGUACAUGAAAUGGGCUGUGCCCUUCAUUUUGAGUUUUAUGCAGUAAAUGAGCCAAAAAGUGACAUCAAAGGGGCUGAACCCCUGGUUGAAGGGUUGCAAAUCAUUCACUUAAGCGACGUCAACAAAUGUGUGGAAACUGAUCUUGGACUUUUGCACAAGUUGGUUACAGAAUAUAAAGUACCUUCCAGUUUAAGAUUUUCUUUGCUUACAAGAUUGCGGUUUGCUAGGGCUUUUGGUUCUUUGGGUUCUAGACAGAAAUACACAUGCAUUCGCUUGUAUGCUUUCAUAAUUCUGAUUCAAGCCUGUGGCGACGCUGAUGACCUAGCUUCGUUUUUCAAUGCUGAGCCCGAAUUUAUCAAUGAAUUGGUCUCACUACUGAGCUAUGAGGAUGCAGUUUUGGAAAAAAUUCGUGUUUUAUGUUUACAUUCAUUAGCUGCUCUUUGCCACGAUCGUUCCCGUCAACCUUCGGUAUUGACUGCUGUUACAUCUGGUGGGCAUCGUGGCAUUUUAUCUAGCCUGAUGCAAAAAUCCAUUGACUCUGUUGUUCAUAAUACAUCAAAUUGGUCAGUUCAUUUUGCUGAAGCUCUUUUAUCUCUUGUAACUGUGUUGGUUUCUUCAUCGUCGGGAUGUUCUGCUAUGCGUGAAGCAGGAUUCAUUCCUACUCUUCUACCUCUACUGAAAGAUACAAAUCCAGAACACUUGCUUCUGGUUGAAAAAGCUGUGCGCAUUUUAGAAGCUUUUAUGGAUUACAGCAAUCCAGCUGCUGCAUUGUUCAGAGAUUUGGGAGGUUUAGAUGAUACCAUCUCACGCUUGAAGAUUGAAGUAUCCCAUGUUGAAAAUGGUGGAGAACAGCCAGAUGAAAAUUCCAAGUCUAGUAGAAGUGUGCAUAUGGUUGGAGAUUCUUCAGUUUUGCUAAAUGACAUGCAGCCAUUGUAUUCUGAACCUUUAAUUUCUUAUCACCGGAAAUUGUUGAUGAAAGCUCUAUUGCGUGCUAUAUCCCUUGGAACCUAUGCCCCUGGAAAUACUGCCCGUAUAUAUGAAUCUGAAGAUAAUGUGUUGCCUCAGUGCUUAUGUAUAAUUUUCAGACGAGCAAAAUAUUUUGGUGGUGGAGUUUUCUCGCUUGCAGCUACUGUCUUGAGUGAUUUAAUACAAAAAGAUCCUACUUGUUUUCCGGUUUUAGAUGCAGCUGGUCUUCCAUCUGCCUUCUUGGAUGCUAUAAUGGAUGAUGUACUAUACUCUUCAGAAGCCAUUACAUGCAUCCCCCAAUGUUUGGAUGCUUUAUGCUUAAACAGUAAUGGCCUUCAGGCUGUAAAAGAUAGGAAUUCUUUGAGGUGUUUUGUGAAGGUGUUUACUUCCAGAACAUAUUUGCGAGCUCUUACAGGGGACACACCUGCAUCUUUAUCUAGUGGAUUGGAUGAAUUAAUGCGCCACGCUUCUUCGUUACGUGGGCCUGGAGCGGAUAUGUUGGUUGAGAUUCUAGAAACUAUCUCAAAGAUUGGUUCUCCUGUGGAUCCCUCAUCUUUGUGCCCCGAUCCUUGCUCUUCAAACUCUGUUCCUAUGGAAAUGGAUGGUGGGGACAAGAAUGUGAUCUUGCCUGAUAAUAAGGAGUCAUUGAAGGCAGAUGACACUGAGCUGAUCAAUGAGGAGUCUUAUCUUCCGGAUUGUGUGAACAAUGUUGCUCGUCUGCUGGAGACAAUUCUUCAGAAUGCUGACACAUGUCGAAUAUUUGUUGAGAAAAAGGGGAUUGAAGCUAUUCUCCAGUUAUUUACGCUGCCUUUAAUGCCUCCUGUUUCUGUGGGGCAGAGCAUCUCUGUUGCCUUCAAAAACUUUUCUCAACAACAUUAUGCUUCUCUUGCCCGAGCUUUAUGCUCGUUUUUAAGGGAACAUCUGAAAUCUACCAAUGAACUUUUAUAUUCAGUUGGGGGGACACAACUUGCUUUAGUUGAACCCACAAAGCAGACAAAGGUGUUGAAAUGCAUAUCUAGUCUUGAAGGUGUCUUGGCUCUCUCUGUAUUUUUGUUGAAGGGAACAACUGCCGUGGCCUCUGAACUAAGCACUUCUGAUGCUGAUGUAUUAAAAGAUAUUGGGAGAACAUACAAAGAAAUAAUUUGGCAAAUAUCUCUGUGUAAUGACUCCAAGACAGGGGAAAAGAAGAAUAAUGAUCAAGAACAUGAUGUUUCACAAGCACCUUCAUCUACCGUUGUUGAAAGAGAGAGUGAUGAUGAUACAAAUAUGCAGACCGUUAGGUACACAAAUCCAGUUUUUGGUAGGACUGGUUCACGUUCCCUGUGGAGUGGAGGGCGUGAUUUUGUUUCUGUAGUUCGUUCUGAAGAAGGUUUGCACCGCCGUACUCGGCAAGGGAUAGCCCGCAUGCGAGGUGGAAGGACUGCUCGUCGCUUGGAAGCUUUAAACAUUGACUUUGAAUCAUCUUCUAGUGUACUGGAGGCAUCUUUGUCCCAAGAUUUGAAAAAGAAAAGCCCCGACGUUCUUGCCUUAGAGAUUCUUAACAAGCUGGCUUCAACAAUGCGCUCUUUCUUCACUGCUCUCGUAAAGGGAUUCACUACACCAAAUCGUCGUCGAGCCGAUUCAGGGUCACUUAGCUCAGCUUCAAAGUCCCUUGGAACUGUUUUAGCUACAAAUUUUCUUGAGGCCCUUAGUUUUUCUGGACAUUCUACUUAUAUUGGGCUUGAAACUUCACUUUCUGUAAAAUGUAGAUAUCUUGGGAAGGUUGUGGAUGAUAUGGCAUCUCUCACAUUUGACAGCAGGCGCAAAAGUUGUUAUACUGCAAUGGUUAAUAACCUUUAUGUACACGGAACGUUUAAGGAGUUAUUGACAACAUUUGAAGCUACUAGUCAGUUGCUAUGGACUCUUCCGUGCUCGAUCACAUCAUCAGAAAUUGAUCUUGGGAAGAUAGGAGGAGCCAAGCUGUCCCAUAACACAUGGUUACUUGAUACAUUACAAAGCUACUGUCACUUGCUUGAGUACUUCGUAAACUCUUCUUUGCUGUUGUCCCCAACGUCGGCAUCUCAGGCAGAGCUUCUUGUUCAGCCAGUUACUGUUGGUCUGUCAAUUGGGCUCUUUCCAGUUCCAAGAGACCCAAAGGUUUUUGUGCGUACGCUGCAAUCUCAGGUUCAGGAUGUAAUCCUACCAGUCUGGAAUCAUCCCAUGUUUUGUAGUUGUAGUCCUGGUUUCAUUGCAUCAAUUAUUUCACUUGUUACACAUGUAUAUUCUGGUGUUGGAGAUGUGAAGCAAAAUCGAAAUAACAUUUUGGGAAGUACAAACCAACGUUUCAUGCCCCCUCCACCUGAUGAGGCAACCAUUUCCACUAUUGUUGAGAUGGGUUUUUCAAGGGCAAGGGCUGAAGAAGCACUGAGAAGAGUUGAAACAAAUAGUGUUGAAUUGGCUAUGGAGUGGCUGUUUAGUCAUGCUGAUGAUCCUAUCCAGGAGGAUGACGAACUUGCACAGGCACUUGCUUUAUCCCUUGGAAGUAGUUCUGAAACUACUAAAGUUGAUAGUGCCGAGAAGACUAUUGACGUGCCAGUUGAAGAGGGAGACAUUAAGAAACCUUCAGUGGAUGAUAUACUUGCUGCAUCUGCGAAGUUGUUUCAGAGUAGUGAUUUAGUGGCAUUUAAAUUGACAGAUUUGCUCGUAACACUUUGCAACCAGAACAAAGGUGAAGUUCGUCCCAAAGUAAUAUCUUAUCUUCUGCAGCAGCUAAAACUUUGUCCAUUGGACUUUUCUGUGGAUAAUUGUGCAUUAGGUGUGUUAGCACAUAUUUUAGCAUUACUUCUUUUUGAGGAUGGAAGUGCAAGGGAAAUUGCAUCUCAGAACGGAAUUAUAUCUAUCACCAUAGAUAUCUUGACAAACUUGAAAGACAGUCUCAAGUUACGGAAAGAAAUAUCUGUCUCUAAAUGCAUCAGUGCUUUACUACUUAUAUUGGAUCAAAUGCUGCAGUCAAGGCCAAAAAUUGAAAAUAUGGAAAGAGGAACCCAAACUGGCUCCAUGCCUGAUUCAUCUGGGGAGCAUGGUUCCCUGCAAUUUACAGAUACAGUUGCGCAGGAAGAAAAGAAAAUAGAUGGGAGGGAAAAAGAACCUGGCAUGGAUUUUGAAAAUGUAUUGGGGAAACCUACUGGCUUUGCAACUAUUGAUGAAAGUCACAAGUUGUUGGAUAUUACAUGUGAUUUGAUAAAACAAGAUGUCCCUGCUGUGGUCAUGCAGGCUGUUCUACAAUUAUGUUCCCGGUUAACAAAAACACAUGCUUUGGCUAUGAAGUUCCUUGAAAAUGGAGGUCUGGCUGCUCUUUUUAGUCUUCCAAGGAAUUGCUCUUUCCCUGGCUAUGACACUGUUGUAUCGACUAUUGUUUGGCAUCUUCUUGAAGAUCCUCAAACACUACAAACAGCCAUGGAGUUGGAGAUACGACAAACUUUAAGUGGUAAUCGUCAUUCAGGGCGUGUUUCUCCCAGGUCAUUUUUGACAUCUUUGGCGCCAGUUAUAUCUAGAGAUCCUACUGUUUUCAUGAAAGCUGCCGCUGCAGUUUGUCAGUUAGAGACAUCAGGGGGAAGGACAGUAGUUAUGUUAUCAAAGGAGAAAGAAAAGGAAAAAUCUAAAUCAUCGAGUACUGAGGCUACAAAUGAAUGUCUCCGAAUAUCUGAAAGCAAGUCAAAUGAUGGAUCUGGUAAAUGUCUGAAAAGCCAGAAAAAGGUUCCAGUAAAUCUCACUCUAGUAGUUGAUCAACUUCUUGAGAUUGUGCUGAAGUACCCACCAAUGGAAGGCCGGGAAGAUUUUGAGUGUGACUCUACUUUAAUGGAUAUAGAUGAACCUACUACGAUGAUCAAAGGAAAAUCAAAGGUUGACGAGACAGUGAUAUUAAAGCCCGAGUCUGAAAGGUCUGCAGAAUUGGUGAAGGUGACUUUUGUCCUUAAGUUAUUGAGUGACGUUCUUCUAAUGUAUGGACAUACAGUUGGUGUCAUACUCAGACGCGACUCUGAAAUGUGUCAAUUUCGUGGAUCUAAUCAACAAUCUAGACAUAAUGGCAUUAUCCAUCAUGUAUCACAUCGGUUGCUACCACUUUCUGUUGACAAAUCUGCAGGACCUGAUGAUCAGAGAGGUAAGUUGUCUGAGAAGGCUUCAUGGUUCCUGGUAGUUUUGUGUGGUCGAUCUGGUGAAGGUCGUAAGCGAGUGACUAAUGAACUUAUUAAAGAAAUGACGUCCUUUUCAAAUUUCGAGAGCAAUUCUUUGAAAAGCAGCUUAUCCCCAGAUAAAAGGCUUUUUACUUUUGUUGAUCUUGUAUAUUCUAUAUUGUCGAAAAACUCGUCAUCUGGUAGCCUACCUGGUUCUGGAUAUUCACCUGAUAUUGCAAAAAGCUUGAUCGAUGGUGGAAUGAUCAAAUGUUUAACUAGCAUCCUGCAGGUGGUUGAUUUGGAUCAUCCUGAUGCACCCAAAUUUGUGACUCUUGUACUCAAAGGUUUAGAAUGUCUUACCAGAGCUGCUAAUGCUAGUGAGCAGAUUUCCAAAUCUGAUGGGAUUGAAAAGAGAAGAUCUGAUGAUCAAAUAGCAACUCCUUCUGCAGUUGAAACCGUGGCACAUGAUCAGAAUGCAAGCAGUCAAGAAGCACUCAGAGAAAUGAUAGUUAAUGCACAUAAUCAAAGAACUUCUCAAGGUGAUCAUCAUGCUGAUAACUCAAAUCAGUUAGUUGAACGAGAUAUGAGUGUAGAAGAACAGGAGACAAUAGCCCAAAAUACACUAGUGGAACUAAGAAUGGACUUGAUGCGUGAGGAGAUUGGAGAGGGAAGUGUCUUGCAGAACCCAGAGCAAAUUGAAAUGACUUUCAGUGUUGAGAAUAGGGCCGAUGAUAACAUGGGUGAUGAGGAUGAUGAAAUGGGUGAUGAUGAAGAUGAUGAUGGAGAGGAUGAAGAUGAGGAUAUAGCAGAAGAUGGUGGGGGCAUGAUGUCUUUGGCCGAUACUGAUGUUGAGGAUCAUGAUGAUGCCGGCUUGGGGAAUGAAUACAUUGAUCAAAUGAUUGAUGAAGACGACGAUGAUUUUCAUGAGAAUCACAUCAUUGAGGUGAGAUGGAGGGAAGCUCUUGAUGGAUUGGAUCACUUCCAGAUACUUGGGCAACCUGGAACUGGUGGUGGCCUUAUGGAUGUGGUUGCCGAACCUUUUGAACGGGUUACUGUUGAUGACUUUUUUCGUCUUCAAAGUUUUGAACGUCGCCGCCAGACAGGUAGAUCUUCCUUCGAGAGAUCUGUUUCUGAAAUAAAUGGUUUUCAACAUCCUCUUCUUGUAAGGCCACCGCAAUCUGGCGAUUUUGUCUCUAUGUGGUCAUCAGGUGGUAUUUCUGCAUCCCGGGAUUCGGAAACCCAGUCAUCUGGGAAUCAUCAUGAUAUGACCCAUUUCGACAUGUUCGAUGCACCUAUUUUUCCAUAUGAUCACAUGCCAAGUAGUCUGUUUGGAGACCGGUUGGGUGGUGUAGCACCACCACCUCUAGCAGAUUAUUCUGUGGGUAUGGGUUCAUUACAUCUACCUGGAAGAAGAGUGUUAGGUAAUGGUAGGUGGGCUGAUGAUGGUCAACCACAAGGAGGCACUCAAGCGGCAGCCAUUGCAAUAGCAGUGGAGGAACAAUUUUUAGCUCAGAUGGGUUCCAUAGCUCCUGCAAGCAGUCCUACUGAACAGCAAGUACAUAAUUCUGAAGAACAAGAGAAGCAAUCUGAUGCUAUUCCAUCACGUGAUGCUCCAGUGUUGACUGUUGGGACCGACUCUACUUGUCAGCAGUUUGCAGGUCAGGAUCAGGAAAAUGGUAUUGAAACCAUACCUCAACAAAUAAACCUUUCAGUUGAUGGUGCUCCUUGCGAGGAGGAGAUAAAUGUAGACUCCAGUGUUCAGGAUCCAGGCGAGGGCCUGCAAACUAACGAGCCUAUGUCAGUUCAACCUCUUUCGCUGAACCUCAUGACAAAUAAUCUUGAUUGCCCUGAAAAUGAAAUAAACGCCGCUCCCAGUGAGAAUGUAGAAAUACCCCAGGAAUUUAUGGACUCGUCUAUUGAAUCUUGUACUGAUGUACGAUGCGGACGGGAUCCUGAUGUACCUACUAACAACCACAAUGUGCCAGUUGUACCAAUGGGCUGCAAUGGGACAUCAAAUGUUGAUGGGCAGCCUACUAAUAUUGAGUUACCGGACUCUGGUUUUGAGACUACUAAUCCUAGUGAUUGCCGUGCAUCGUCAAUUUAUGCCAGUGUUGAUGUUGAUAUGGGUGGUGUUGAUGCUGAAGGAAACCAAUCUGGGCAACCAACUGUUUCUGAAGACAUAAGGGAUGAGCUCUUAUCAACUCAGAACACAGAGGUUGCUCUGGAUGAUACUCAGGCUGAACAAACUAGUGCAAAUACGAUCGACCCUACAUUUUUGGAGGCUCUUCCUGAAGAUCUACGAGCAGAAGUUUUGGCAUCCCAGCAAGCUCAAUCUGUUCAACCUCCAGUGUAUGCACCACCUUCUGCAGAUGAUAUUGAUCCCGAGUUUUUAGCUGCUCUUCCUCCAGAUAUUCAAGCGGAGGUUUUGGCCCAACAAAGAGCUCAAAGGAUUGUCCAACAGGCUGAAGGACAGCCAGUUGACAUGGAUAAUGCUUCUAUAAUUGCAACUUUUCCAACUGAUUUGCGUGAAGAGGUGCUAUUGACUUCUUCUGAAGCAGUUCUGUCAGCACUGCCGUCUUCAUUGCUUGCUGAAGCUCAAAUAUUGAGGGACCGAGCAAUGAGUCAUUAUCAAGCUCACAGCCUUUUUGGGAACAGUCACAGGCUUAACAAUCGAAGAAACGGCUUGGGAUUUGUUCGGCGGCCUGUGAUGGAUCGGGGUGUCGGAGUUGCAAUAGACAGGAGUUCUGCUCUUACGGAUACUUUGAAGGUGAAGGAGAUUGAAGGCGAGACACUAGUUGAUGCAAAUGCAUUAAAAGCUUUGAUCCGACUUCUACGAUUGGCACAACCCCUUGGAAAAGGCCUCCUGCAGAGACUCUUGUUAAACUUAUGUGCACAUAGUGUAACAAGGGCCACUCUUCUUUAUCUUUUGCUUGAUAUGAUUAAGCCGGAAGCUGAAGGUUCUGCAAGCAGGCCAGCGACAUUAAAUGACCAGAGGCUUUAUGGUUGUCACUCAAAUACAAUAUAUGGCCGAUCUCAGUUGUUGGAUGCAGGUCUCCCUCCCCUAGUGUUCCGCCGUAUUCUUGAGAUUCUGACUUACUUGGCCACAAAUCAUUCUGCUGUUGCAAAAAUGUUGUUUCACUUUGAUCAAUCAAUUACAGAUUUUUCAAAUUCAUCCACGAUACCUUUGAAUGGGAAAGGAAAGGAAAAGGUUAACGAAGGGGGAUCUUCACCAAAAUCCUUUGGAGAUCAUGCAGGGGCCGUUCCUCUUGUUCUCUUUUUGAAGCUCUUGAACCGACCAUUAUUUUUACGCAGUACUGCUCAUCUUGAGCAGGUCAUGGGUCUGAUUCAAGUUGUAGUUGAUACUGCUGCAUCCAAAUUAGAAAGUCAAUCUCAAUCUGAAAAAGCAAUAGCAGAUACCCAAAAUCUGUCUGUUAAUGAAGCUGAGAAGGAUCCUCCUUUAGUGGAGAUGGACUCUAAUCGACAAGAUAACCAUCCUGAUCCGAAAACAUGUCCUUCCAACGGAAAGAAGAAUGUUGAUAUGUACAAUACCUUCUUACAGUUACCCCAAUCUGAUCUGCGGAAUGUGUGCAGUCUUCUUGGUCAUGAAGGGCUUUCGGAUAAAAUGUAUAUGCUUGUUGGCGAGGUUCUGAAGAAGUUGGCUUUCAUUGUUCCCGCUCAUAGAAAGUUCUUUAUUUUAGAGCUUUCAGAAUCAUCUCAGGCAUUGACUGGUUCAGCUGUCAGUGAUCUUGUUACCCUGAAGCAAACAAAUAUGCUUGGCUUGAGUGCCGGUUCUAUGGCUGGUGCAUCCAUUCUACGUGUGCUGCAAGCUCUAAGUUCCCUCAUUUCAUUUAAUACUUCAGGUGAUAAGGAUAUGGAAAGUGAUGUAGAUCAGCAUGACGACGAAGCAAUUAUUUGGAAUUUGAAUACUGUACUCGAGCCACUGUGGCAAGAACUCAGUAAUUGUAUAAGUGCAGCUGAGAUGCAACUUGGCCAGAGUUCUUUUUGUCCUAACAUGUCAAAUAUAAAUGUUGCCGAAAAUUUGCACGGUUCCUCUACUUCACCACCACUUCCUCCUGGAACACAGAGACUCUUGCCUUUCAUUGAGGCUUUCUUUGUUUUGUCUGAGAAGCUACAAGCAAACGAAUCUAUCAUGCAUCAAGACCAUGACAAUGCAACUGCUAGAGAAGUCAAGGAGUGUGCUGGUGGUUCAGCUUCAGUGAGUGGAAAAUUUUGUGGAGAUUUGCAGCGAAAGCUGGAUGGUGCUGUUACAUUUACAAGGUUUGCUGAGAAGCAUCGCCGACUUGCAAAUGCUUUCAUUAGGCAGAAUCCGGGUUUGUUGGAGAAAUCUCUUUCCAUGAUGCUGAAGGCACCAAGACUUAUUGACUUUGAUAACAAGAGAUCCUAUUUUCGCUCAAGAAUCAGGCAACAACAUGACCACCAAUUGUCCGGGCCACUGCGUAUAAGUGUAAGGCGGGCUUAUAUUUUGGAGGACUCGUAUAAUCAAUUAAGGAUGCGUCCUACUCAGGACCUCAAGGGCCGAUUGAAUGUGCAAUUUCAAGGUGAAGAGGGUAUAGAUGCCGGUGGUCUGACCAGAGAAUGGUAUCAGCUACUAUCAAGGGUCAUUUUUGACAAGGGUGCUUUACUUUUCACAACUGUGGGGAACAAUGCAACUUUCCAACCAAAUCCUAACUCUGUUUACCAGACUGAACACCUUUCAUACUUCAAGUUUGUGGGCCGAGUGGUGGGGAAGGCGUUGUUUGAUGGACAACUAUUGGAUGUUUACUUUACCCGAUCUUUCUAUAAGCAUAUACUCGGUGUUAAGGUUACAUACCAUGACAUUGAAGCGGUUGAUCCUGAUUACUAUAAGAAUUUGAAAUGGAUGUUGGAGAAUGACGUGAGUGAUAUUCCUGACCUGACAUUUAGCAUGGAUGCUGAUGAAGAAAAACUCAUACUUUAUGAAAAGAAUGAGGUCACUGAUUAUGAGCUUAAACCUGGGGGAAGGAACAUAAGGGUUACAGAAGAAACAAAGCAUGAGUACGUUGACCUUGUUGCUGAACAUCUCCUGACUAAUGCCAUCCGUCCUCAAAUCAACUCCUUUCUAGAAGGUUUUAGUGAAAUGGUACCACGGGAACUUAUAUCAAUCUUUAAUGAUAAAGAGCUUGAGCUACUCAUAAGUGGUCUUCCAGAAAUCGAUUUGGAUGAUUUGAAGGCAAAUACCGAGUAUACAGGCUAUACUGUUGCAUCAAAUGUUGUUCAAUGGUUUUGGGAGGUAGUCAAAUCUUUCAGUAAGGAAGACAUGGCCAGAUUACUGCAGUUUGUGACAGGAACAUCAAAGGUUCCUUUGGAGGGUUUUAAAGCCUUGCAAGGCAUCUCUGGUCCCCAAAGGUUUCAGAUUCACAAGGCAUACGGAGCUCCUGAUCGACUUCCAUCAGCUCAUACUUGCUUCAAUCAACUAGAUCUUCCUGAGUAUACCUCUAAGGAACAGCUUCAAGACCGUUUGUUACUUGCCAUCCAUGAGGCUAGUGAAGGGUUUGGUUUUGGUUGACCCAUAAUUUUAUGCAAUGUUGUUGUACAGCAGUUCUGCCAUCAUGUCUUUGACGUGUCAUCUAAGAAGAUGGGGAAGUCAUCCCGGCUGUUAUUAUGUUGAGGAAGGCUCUAUUAGUAUCAUAGCAUCGCAAUGAGACAUUCUCUAAUGCAAGUGAUAGAUUCAUUCUGAUGCUCAACCAGUAAAAUGGCUAGAAAUUUUGUUUUUCCUUGUACGAUUCUGCCAUGACUAGAUUUGGGAGAUUUCAACUUGACAAUGGAUAGCCUCCAUACUGGUGAGCUGUUGAAAUAUCCGCCAAUAUGAAUUUAUAUGUAAUCUCUAGGGCCAAACAGCCUUCUUUAGCUCUACAAUUUCCCUAUAAGAUUUAGGAUGUACAUAGGUCUAUAAUUUUUCCAAUAAGAUUGAGAAUGUACAUAUUCUGGAGUACAAAGUUGAUACCUUUCUUUGGAAAGAAAUGGCUUCAAUGAUCAAAUAAGAGUUCGAAAGAUGGCGUCUUUAGUGCACAGAACCAGUGAUGGCAUGAUGGAUUAGGUUAUUAAUUCCAAUAUACCUUGAUUCAAUUUUUCUAAUACAACAACAACCAAGCCUUAUCCCACUAAGUGGGGGGUCGGCAUUCAAUUUUUUUAAUGGUCUAAUAAUUAUCCAAUUUGAUA